AUGUAUUCCAAAAUAUUAACGUUAUUGGUUUUAUCGAUUGGAUUUUUGAAUUUCGGUGGUUGCCAAUCUUUACAAUGUCCAAAGGUGCGCACGACCAGUGGAUGGUUGGAUUUGUUUCCAAUCCCCUGUCGAAAGAGCACAGACUGCAGUGUGAUGGGUACUCAACAUCUCUGCUGCAAGGGAUUCUGUACUAAAGGAGUGAAAGCAGCUCAAUUGCGAAUCAACGAGGCGAGUAGUGUAGUCGCUACCAGUAGUUCAAGUACAAGUACAAGUACGAGUACUAGCACAAGCACAAGCACUAGCACGACCACCAGUCCCACCACAACCACAACUACAACAACAACUACAACAACCCCGAGUACCACCAGUUUGACCACCACGACGACGACCACAACUACUCCUAAGCCAACCACCACCACUACUACGGAGCCUCCGCGCCCAUUCCUGCAACUGCUACCCAUACAGACGACACCAAAAGCAGCUCCGGCUAAAAUAGGAAAAAACCAGAAGCUGAUAUGCCCGAAGAGCGUACCAGUUGUGCUGUUUCGAAUUCCCUGUGAGAGCAACUCGCAGUGCCGCGCCAGUAGCGGGCCCGGACAAGUGUGCUGUCAAGGACAGUGUGUGAAAGGAGUGCCCGCGCCGCGACCUACUGUGUCAGAACAAUCACACCAACCCAUACUCGGGGUAAUUCCUCGUGAAUGUCCCUCGACUCCGCUAGGCGAGCUCCUGUUUGAGGUACAGACGUGUAAAACCGACGCUGACUGCUGGCCGCGAGUGUGCUGUCCGGACGGCACGCGCUCCUACUGCCGCACCGCACGCGCUCGUCUGGAUUUGGUACCAGUAGCUAAUAGGAUUGAAGCACCGGUGCGCAUGUUAGAAUCCUACCUGCAAUGUACGGCGCCGCCACAGUUCGACGCGUUCCCUCAGCGCUGCAGCUCUAGCGUAGACUGCUUCCCCAACCUGUGCUGCGCGGAGGGCGGCAAGAGGCACUGUCGGCCCCCACAGCGCAGCCUCUUUGCGCUCCUUGCUGGCGCCGCAGCGAGAUUGGGU